AUGAUGAGCGCAACAAGCCCAGUAGGCUGCUGCUGCUGCCCCACGAAGGUAGAGCGGCGACGACGUCCUCGACGACGAGACCAGGACGAGGCGCAGCGGGAGAAGUCGAGCAGCGCCAGCAGGAGCGUCACGCGAGGGAGCAGGCGACGCCGGCAAGGUUCGGGCCUGGCGACGACCGUGCUCUUCGCCUCGUCGACCGCAGCUGCCUCCGCCGCCGCUGCUACCGCUGCCUCAUCUUCUCGGGACAUCCCGUCCUCGCGCAUGGCGAGCAGGAGCGCGUCGUUGCAUCGCCACCACCGAAGAGAAGCGGCCUUCGCUUCGCCGGCAGGCAUCGCCGAGCCCAUCGGCCGCUGGGCCGCAGCUGGCUGCCGCCGCCUGGCCUCGGACAUGACACAGCACGGCGCCGCCGCCGUGACGGCCGGGGUCAGGAGCCGGGCGACCAGGUUUCUUCUCCGCGGGGGCUUGCGCGAUCGGAGCGGUGACGCCGAUGGCGGCGACAGCAGCAGCACUGCGGCAGCUAGCAGCAGGCUGCGAAUGAUCGCUGGAGGCUUUUCGGGUGAUUUCAUGCCGCAGGACGAGUCCUGGAAGCGGGGGAGUAAGGCAGCUCGGCAGGAACACGACGAGAGAACGGGCGGCGGCGGCGGCGGCGACGGCACGCCGCUGGCGUCUUCGCAGUCCGACAUCGGGGCCCAUUCGGACCCCGCCGCGUCCGAAGAGGACGAGGUCUACUCGUGGGCGCCCAAGCAGAACGGGCAGGGGUCGUGGGACGGCGGCGGGGGUGCGGCCGCUGCUACCCUCCGCCGCCGGGAGGACACCGCCCCCGUCUGGCGCGUCGACCUGAAGCGCGGCGUUUACACAGGAGAUGUCAAGGUCAAGCAGCCGCUAGGCCUUGACCUGGCGGAGUGCAGCGGGGGUGUCUGCGUGUCUAGGGUCCGAGCGGGGUGCAGCGCGGAGCGACAGGGGGUCCGAGCCGGCGACCGGAUCGUGGCGACGAGCGCCACGCUUGGAGACGUCCUGUGGGAGAAGAAUACGGUGGACGGGAUACUCUCGGCAGUGGGCACCCGCCUCGUGUUCUCCAACACCGUCACGCUGCGGGUCGAGAGAGCGCUUGACGCACAGCAACUGGCCGCGGCGAGGUUCCGCGAGUCGGUGACCCAGACGUACGAGGUUACACUCCAGAGGCCCCCCGGGCUCAUCCUGGAGCAGGUGUGGGACCCCGCCGGCAGCGGGCAGGCGGACAGCGUGGUCGUGGCGGGCAUCGUCCCGGGGAGCCCCGCGGAAUCGAGCGGUGCGGUGGAAUGCGGGGACACAGUGGUGGCUGUGAGCAGUUCCAUCGGGAACAUCAUGUGGCCCUACAGGCAACUGGAGGGUGCACUGAGCGCAAUCGAGCGGCAUAUCGGGAGCACCAUCAACAUUCGGUUUCAGCGCACUGUCCAGAUGGGGGCGUGGAAGGACCCUUCCAACACGGACACGGACAGAACGAUCGAUAGCACCCUCAAGGUCUUCCGCGAGAGGGAUGUCGCCGCGGCCACCUCCACCGGCGCCGGACCCCUCGCCGCCGCCGCCGCCGCCGCUAAGAACGCGGGUUUCGACGUCGACGGAGGCCGGCGGGUAAGCCGAGGCUCCGCCGCCGUCGCCGUGGGUACGUCCGCGGGUGCGGCGGGCGGCGGCGGGGCGGUGGGCGCGCUGAGCGCCCAGGAUGACGAGGCUCGGACGAUCGUGCUGGAGAGGUGCGGGGCGCUGGCGCGGUCGUACGGGGCGAAGAGGCAAGCCAUCGCCGUGGACAACCUGCUGGCGAGCAUGGUGAAGGCGGGCGUUCAGAUGAACGCCCGGUUCCUGAACAACGCUCUGAUGGCCUACCUGUCGUGCGAGGAGCCUCAGAAAGCGGUCGACACCUUCCACGCGGUGACGGGCAUCAUCUGGCCCGACCUCCCCCCGUGGCCGGACGCUACCUCCGGCAAGGGAAGGGCAAGGGCCAGGCAGCAAAAGAAGGCCGCCGCCGCCGCCGCCGCCGCCGGUGCCGCUGGUGCCACCGGUGCCACCGCCGAUGGCGUAACCUCGGACACCGACACGGCGGAGGAGGAGGCGGCGGCGGCGGCGGCGGCAGCCGACCAGUUCCCCGAGGACUUCCGGCUGCUCCGGGCGGGACCCUCGACGGCAGACGCGGAGGCGCUGGAAGCGUCGUCUUGGGAGGGGACCGGGGGACAGCGGUUCCUGCAGAUGCGCGCGGUCGCCGAGCAGGUGGAAGGAGGCGGUAGCGUCACUCCGGCGGCGUUGAGAGCGGUGGCGGUGGGCUUAGACACAGCGGCGGCGGCGGCGGCGGCGGGCGGGGGCCCGUUGAAGCGGCCGGCGUUGGGCGAGUACGUGGGCGGGUGCCGGCCGAACGGCAUGCUGGUGGCGACGGUGGUAAAGGCGCACGGGAGGCGGAGGAGGCUGGACGACGCGUGCCGCGUGGUACUGAGGAUGGUGGACUGGGGCAUCAAGCCGGACGUGGCCGUGUUCAACUCGCUCGCGGCAGCGGCCGUCUGGAACGGGAGGAUGGACCUCGCGCUCCAGGUGGUGCUGGGGGGCAUGAUGCAGGCGUGGGGUGUAAGCCCAAACCAGCUAUCGUACAACACCAUCAUGGACGCCUACGCCAGGGAGGGCAAUGUCGAGAACGUCGUCAAGAUCUACAACUUCAUGCAGGGAGAAGGGAUCGCACCCGACGUGGUGACGACAACCAUCGUGGUGAAGGCCCAAGUGGGAAGCGGAGACGUGGACGCCGGGGCGCGGACCCUGAUCGAGAUGAUGAAGGUGUCGAACCUUCGGGACAAGCUCGACGCCUUCCCGUUCAACACCAUCAUCAAGGGGCUGAUGAAGACACUGGAGUGGGAGAAGGCGAUGGACCUCUUCCGGGGCAUGCGGUACCACAACGUCAAGCCUAACCUCCUGACUUUCAACACCCUCAUGGCGGGCCUGAACAAGGCCCACGUUCCCGCCGUCACGCUAGAGCUGUACGACGAGAUGAUGGAGGUCGGGGGCAUGGCGCCCGACGUGUACACGUACUCGAGCCUCGUGACUGCCUACGCUCGGCUCGGCGACGUGGAGAACGCCGUCAAGACCCUGUCGGACAUGUCCAAGAGCGGGGUCAAGCCAAACCGUUUCACACUCUCAUCGGUCAUGCAGGCGUGCAUCAAGGGGGGACAACCCAAGACAGCCUUUCAGGUGCACCGCCAGCUGACCAAGAACGGGGCCGUCCCUACGGACGAGGUUAUCGCCACGCUCCUCGUACAGGCGCACGCCAUGAUGGGAGACUUCGACGAGGCGUUUCACUCCAUCGCGGCGAUGGGCAAAUCUGGCCAAGACAACAAGAUCGCGUUCAACCACCUCAUCAAGGAGUGCGUGCUUGCGGGGGAGUUCGACAAGGCCUCGCAGGCUAUCACGCGUAUGGUGCACCAGGGCAAGCGAGGGAGGGGUAUCCGCUUCGACUACAACACCUUCAACGCCGUCUCCGAGGUUCCUCGAGGGUACGACGGCACCGAGGUUGCUGCUUGGCCACGGCUAACAUUUUUGAUGAAAACGAAGGACAUCGUGCUCGAGAAGAAGUGGGAGUACAGCUCCACGCUGUACCUCGCAAUCCUGUACGAGUGCAUGGCGAGGCAGGACUACGCCAUGGCGGACAUGGUUGUGGAGGAACGUAAAGCGGGGUUGGUUCACGUCCACCCCGCGAACCGACGGGAGGUGGCGGAGGUGGAGGAGAAGAUUAGCUUCAAGCUAAAUCUCAGACCAUCCGAGACGGUCUGGAUAUCAUGA